AUGGGGAAAUAUAGCCACUGCACGGAGGUAACUCCGGAAUGCCCUGUCGAGGCGACUAUUUAUGGGUACAAACCUAAUCCAGUAGUCAACUUGAUAUGCGUGAUUGUCUUUGGCGUACUGUUCUUUGUUGCAGUUUGGCAAACUUACAAGCAUAAGACAUACUCAUUCGGAGUUGCAAUGUCUCUGGGCUGCGUGGCUGAAGCCAUAGGAUACGGCGGUCGCCUCGUUCUCAACAGAAACCCCUGGGACUCAAAUGGUUUCCAAAUCCAGAUAUGCACUCUCAUCAUCGCACCGUCAUUCUUCACAGCCGCCAUAUAUCUCACCCUCAAACAUCUAUGUUUCGCCCUGGGACCCCAUCUCUCAAUAAUAAAGCCGUCGCUAUACACCUGGAUAUUCAUCAGCUUUGACGUCUUAUCUCUCUCACUCCAGGGUGCUGGUGGCGCUCUCGCAGCAACUGGGGACACAGAGCCAGACAAGAACAGGGGAGCGCAAAUCAUGCUUUCUGGUAUUGUGUGGCAAGUUGUCACAUUGAUAAUUUUCGGUGGUAUGGCUGGACAUUUCUUCUGGCGCCUGCUUGGCGAUGAUGGCCGCCGGAUGUCCAUCGAGUCUCAGAAGGUGUGGGCGAACACAAAAUUCAGGAGGUUCCUUAUUAGCUUGGGUAUCUCGUUCUUCGUAAUUUUUGUUCGAUGCACUUACCGUAUGUGCAUAAUCGCUGCCAUCCUUCUUACCACCUUCCACCCAGGCACCCACUUCCCUCAAAUGCGAACAGACUAUCAAAAGGACAACACUGACCGGUUCUCAAUGGUUCCACCCCAACAAACUGAAACCUCGUAUGUCGCAGUUGACCGCCAGCCGCUUAUUGAUAACCAACGUCCAGAAACAGAAGACCAAGGCCGCCUCUGGCCUGCCGUCAUCGUACCCCCUGUCCCGUGA